AUGGCCCAGGUUCGAAGGGCCUCGAAGCCGGCACCCAAGCCCUCCUCCCAAGCCCCAGCCGCGCAGAGCCUGCGGAGGUUCCCGCAGCCCCGCCUCUCGCGAGGGGACACCGGUAGCCUGGGCAGGCAGCAGGGCCACGUCGCCGCCGCCUCCUCCCGGGAGUCCUCCUUCUAUGGCACGCUCAUGCUCACCGGGCGCCGGCGAGGAGCGCUGCGGGAGCUGCUGGGGCUGCACGGGCUGCAGGGGCUGCAGGGGGCAGCUCCCGCCUGGUGGCUGUCGGAAGAGCGCGCCGAGGAGCAGUCCCUAGGAGGGUCGAGCGGGGCGGGCAGCAGCAGGGUGUGUCUGGAGCCCUGGGAGCAUGCCUGGAUACUGGCGACCGCCGAGGGUGACUUCGAGGUACUGCGGGAACAGCUGGAAGCGGAGCCGGAGCUGCUGCUGAGGGGAGACCCUAUUACCGGCUACACGGUGCUGCACUGGCUGGCCAAGCACGGGCGCCACGAGGAGCUCAUAAAGGUGCACGACUUAGCCCUGCAUCGGGGGCUGCAGCUCGACGUGAGCGUCCAGGGUAGCGGCGGCCUCACGCCCCUCCACCUGGCGGCCAUGCAAGGCCACGACUUGGUUAUCAAGGUGCUGGUGGGCGCCCUGGGUGCUGACCCCACGCGCCGCGACCAUAGCGGCCACCGGGCCAGUCACUACCUGCGGCCCAACGUGCCCCAGGAACUGCGGGACCUGUUGGGGGCAGAGGACUGGGACGCCGCGAGCAGCUACUUGCGGAACAACGCCAACAACAACAGCAGCGGCUGUGGCGAGUCCGCGCGGAUGCUGCGACGGACCCAGAGUGCCAUGGGCGCAACUGCCGUGGAUACCAGAGCAGAGGCGUCGGCCAGAAAGGGCUCCACCGGCAAGCGGGGGAUGCAGAUUACUGGCCUUCUCCGCUAUAUAUUCCCCUUCUUCCAGGACCGUUGA